AGAAUAUGGAGGGAAAAAGAGGUGGCAAAGUCAGUAUGUGGGAACUUGAACCUUGGCUCAACUAGGCGCAUGCAGUGGCGACAAUCACACCAGCUUGAUAUAUAUACCUAUGGAAUUUCUCAAACUCCACUUUAUAUUGCAGCUAAGCUAAGCUUUUACUGGCGUUUAAUAUUGCUGUUAAGCCCUAAAUAACCACCCCCCAAACCAUCUAUUUUCUGGAAGCUACGCAGUUACCAAAUGAAGAUAUUCAGCUGGGUUCAAAACAAGCUCACUAGCAAGAAAUCCAACAUUAUUCCAGAUAAUAAUCAUACAAAACAGCCUUGCAAAGAAGAGCUCAAUGACUGGCCUCAUGGACUGCUUGCGAUUGGAACUUUGGGAAAUAAGAUAAAACAAGAAGCAGAUCAGAAGGCAAAUCUACACCAAAGUGUCCCCUCUACACAAGAUCAUGUCAAUUAUCUACAUGGUCUGACGGCUGAAGAAGUAGGGAAACUUCAAAAAGAGUUGAACUUAAUAUUUCAAGAACAUGGACCGACAUCACCAGCUAAUCUAGAAGCCCCUAGUCUUCCAUUUGAUAGAUUUCUGGAUGCCGACUCGAGCACGGUCGAAGAUGAAGAAAGGGUUUGCAGUGGAUGCUCCGAUGGUUCGAAUUUAAAUAACAGAAAAGAUGAUCACCAUCUCCAGUAUUGUAACAGCAGUUUGGUUCAGAGUAGAGGGAAAGAUAUGUGCUCGGAUAACUCAAAAGCUGCAAUAGGGAAAAAAUCAUUAUCAUUUCUUUUGAAGAAGAUGUUUGUUUGUAGAAGUGGAUUUUCACCCGCCCCAAUUAGUUUAAGGGAUCCAGCAGUCAUGGAAUCACGAAUGGAGAAGAUGUUGAAGGCCAUACUUCACAAGAAGAUAUAUCCUCAAAAUUAUAGCACCAAACUGUCUACUAAGAAAUCCUUAGAGAGCUGUACCCAUAUCUCCAACACUGCCGAUGGGGAUGAAAAGAAUGAAAAGGCAGAUGAUGGAAGUAAAUGGGUGAAAACAGAUUCCGAAUAUAUUGUUUUGGAAAUAUAAAUUUUUGCUUGGACUUGCUAUGGAAAUACAUUGUUUUCUUUUGGAUGCACACACUUUCUUUCAUCAGUUGGGAAAAAAGAAGACAGCAUUAAUUAAUAAUAGCAGUACCGAUUACUACAAGGAUCAAUGAGAAAUAACAACAUGAUCCAAUAGUGUAUUGCAUCAUAUUAUUAUUUUUCAGAUUGCAAGGCUCUCUUUUAAAGCCUUGAAGAGAAGGGAAGAGAAGAAAAUAGUCAUAGCCAUAGCAAGUUCUCAGUGUUGCAUUUUCAAGAUAAUCCCUUUUAAUUUUAAUUUUUAAUCUUGGUUUUUUGAGAUGAUAAUUGAGAGAUCUGUAAUUUUUAACUUAUUUAUCUUCUUUUCUGCAAAAUGUACAAUCUGAGAGAUAUAAAUGCACAACUCUCAUUAUUAUAUCAUAUAUACCCUAUAAAUAUAAUUUCCCGUUGCGAGGUUUGGUUUUAAUAA